AUGGCGCAUGCUCAAAGGAAGCGUGCCGGUGAGCGCAAAGUUCUAGAUUACUAUGACGUUCUGUUACGCGAGCAGGAUGUUGCCUUGCUAGAAGGUCCGCACUGGCUGAACGACCAGGUGGUUGCCUUCUUCUUCGAGUACCUGGGGCGAGAGGGACUGCUGCAGGAAUGCGGCUCCUCGCAUCAAUCGAAAGAGCACGUGGAGUUUCGGGAGGACAUCAGCGACAUUGCUAGCGGCAUUCUGUUGGUACCACCCGCCACUUCCUUCCUGCUCAUGCAUUCACCUCCGGAGCUGGCGACUGAGGUGCUGCAGCCCCUCCAGCCCCAUCGGCGGAGUUUGGUGCUCUUCCCGGUGAACGACAACCCCCACGUGGAUGAGGCGGAGGGCGGGAGCCACUGGACGUUGCUCGUGUACCACCGCCCCUCCAACACGCUACGGCACUACGACUCGAGCCCCGCCUCCUCCCCUCCAGCCGCCGCCUCCCCCACCGGCCCCGGUGGCGGCAGGAGGCCCUCCUCCAGGAGUUCUUGGGCAGCUAGGAAGCUAGCGGAAGCUGUGGGACCAGCUCUGGUUGGUGGUGGUGAUGAUAAUGCUGCCGGUAAUGCCGGUGGUGCCGGUAAUGCCAGGAGGGGGGGUGAAAGUAGUGGUAGUGGUGGUAGUGGCGAUGGAGGGGAUAUUGGCAGAGGUGGCAGCAGCGUCGCGCGACCCAAACUGGUCGAGGUGUCGUACAUGCCGAGUCAGACUAACUGGUACGACUGUGGCGUGUAUGUGUUGGCGGUGGCGCGGGCGACAACGUACACGCUGGAGUUCCUUUGCUUCGGAAAAUAUGGAAUGAUCGAUCUCCCAACCGUUUAUAUGCGCCUUUGGGAAGAAGGCACCGGCACCGGCAUCAGCACCGACUGGCACAAGGGCACGGAAUUUAUGGCGUAUAUCCCAUAUCCGACCUGUUAUGGGGAUUUCGAGGACCUGUUUUGUCGGCAAGAACUUUUCACAAGCACGCGCGUGUGCGGCGAUGGGAAAGUGUCAAAGCAUAACUAG